AUGAGAACCUUAAUGAACUACAUCAAACAAAAGUAUGGGAACCCUCCUGUCUUUAUCACCGAAAAUGGGAUGGAUGAUCCAAAUAGUAAACUUAUCUCCGUGGAUGAAGCUUUGAAGGAUGAGAAACGGAUUAGAUACUACAGCGGCUAUUUAUCGUAUCUACAAACAGCUAUUAAAGAUGAUGGUUGCAAUGUGAAGGGAUAUUUUGCUUGGUCAUUGCUGGAUAAUUGGGAGUGGGCAGGUGGAUACACUUCAAGAUUUGGUCUGUAUUUUGUUGACUACAAUGACAAGUUGAAGAGAUAUCCAAAACAAUCUGUUCAAUGGUUCAAGAACUUUUUGAAACCAGCUAAAUAG